GAUGGACGCAAGAGAGACUAUUUUUGAGGGAAAGCUGAGUUGUAUUUUCCAUUUUUCUGCUAUGUUGAAAGGCAGAGUUUGCUCAAACACAUCUCUCCUUUUAUGCAACUUCCCACUCUCUUCUAUUUUUAGCAACUCUCUCUCUAUCUGCACAACACCCACAAAACAUCCAAAAAGAAAGAGACCAAGACAAAGAACAAGAACAAGGUGUUUAUGCAUGCAUGUUAGAGCUAUCAUAAUCAGAUUUCGAAGUUUAUGAAUCAGAUUUUGAAGCUUAUGUGAUAAAGAUAUUGCUUUUUUUUGGGUUUCCUGUUUUAAUGAUAUAAACGUUUUGAACGUACAAAUGAUUCAAAAUUUAAGGCUACAAUAGAAUUCGAGGAAUCCCAGGAACGGUUAAGAGGAGACCCAUUUCAUAUAUCCGGUGUUAUAUACGUUAAUCUUUGUUUGGAUGUUGGGAAUGGUGUGAAUAUGUAAUUCUGCUUUGGAGCUUUUAUUUGUUCUGGCUUAAAAGGUUGAAAUGUACACGAUGAGCUGAGUGUUUAAGGAGAUGGACACAAAGGAAGAUGCUGAAUCUCAAGAGGAUCGGUCACCAGAAGACCAGCCAUCAUCCCCAAAUGCGGUGUCACAGAAUGUAUCUGGGAUUAUGGCUGGUGAGGCAGUGCAUAAUGCCUCCAAAGGCAAUCCAACUCCUCAGUCAUUGCCCCCUCUGUCACGGAAUGUAUCUGAGAACAUUGUUGGUGAGGCAGUGCAUAAUGCCUCCAAAGGUAAUCCAACGCCUCAGCCAUUACCCCCUGUUCAUAGACGAUGUCAAAGUGAAAUCGUAACCCCAGCACACGCACGUAACAGUAGUUUUCAGAGAUUGAAAUCUCAGAUGCAAAAGGCAUGGAGGUGGGGUGGCAAUUCACGGGAACAAGAUUACAGUUUCAAUCCUGAGGUCUUGGCAAACCAGAAACGUCAGUGGUAUCAGCUUCAUUCCCAAACUCUGGAUCAUACAAAAUUUAAGGAGCCCACCGCACUAUUUGAACACUUAGUCAUUGUGGGGCUUCAUCCUAAUGCCAAUCUUGAGGCUGUGGAGGAUGUAUUUGCAAGAAGGAAGAAAUGGGAGAGAGAGGCAGCAAAAUCUGAUGUAACAGCAUAUAAAAGGAUGCAGUGUUGGGGGCCUGCAUAUCCUUCAAUGGAUCCCCAGAUACUUUUUAAAUAUCCUCCUGGGAGGAGAUUACCUAUGCGCCUAAAGGAUUUAGGUUCCUUCUGUUUUCCUGAAGGUGUUAAGACACGAUUAUUGGAGAGGACACCAUCAUUAAGUGAACUAAAUGAACUCAUUUAUGGACAGGUGCAUGUGGGCAGGGAUGAUCAAGCAUUCACAUUUUCACUUAAGGUUGCAGAUAAUGACACACUUUAUGGGGUUUGCUUACAUGUAACAGAAAUUGUUCAAAGGCCACCUGGUAUUUUAGGCUCCAUGUCGCCCCUUUCACGAUUGUCUGGACGGUGCUCCCGCUUUUUGGUUUCUGCACCUCGCUGCUACUGUGUGCUGACUAGAGUUCCUUUCUUUGAGUUACAUUAUGAGAUGCUGAACAGUAUCAUUGCACAAGAGCGUUUGAAUCGGAUAACACAAUUUGUUACUGAAGUAUCACUGAGUAGUGUACCUUCAACAUCCAAACAACAUGAUAGGGAGUGUGAUGUUGAUUGGAUGGCUUCAGCAAUACCUGUUGACAGUGCAGUGGCCCUUACUGCUGCUGCUGCUGGAAUUAUAUCAGAUGAUGAGAUCCGAACCUCAUCACCAAAGACAUGGGAAUCUCAUUCUCCUGAAAGUGGUAGGGCUAGUGAGGCUUCAGAUUCGAGUCAUGUAAGGGAAGUUGAUAGGGAUGGUAGGAAGAAUUUUGAUGAUUGUGCUUCUGAAUCAUCAGAAACUCAUUCUGAUGCUGCAGAAAGAAUUAAUGAGAGCUGUGAACAUGGUCAAUCCUCUCCUGAGAUUGGGACAUUUAAAGGUUCCAGGAGCCAUGGCUUGCAAUUGCGAGAAAGUUUUGAUACCCUACGCAGUUCAGUUAGAAGCAUGACAUUAGAGGAUGAGGAUGAUGAACUUUUUGCAAAUUGUGAAAAAGAUUUUGAUGACGACUUAAUAAUGGAAUGGGCUAGGGAACACAAAAAUGAUUUGCUGCAGAUAGUUUGUAGUUAUCAUUCCUUGCCUCUUCCGCAACGAGGAAGUAAAAUAGUUUUUAAGCCUCUUGAGCACUUACAAGCUAUCGAGUAUAGGCGGCCUUCAGCUUCUGACCUCGGCUUUUCUGAAAUUUAUCUGGCUAUAUCUGAAGCUCCUGUGGUCAAUGCAAAGUUAGCUGCUGCUGAAGAAGCCCUUUCACUAUCAAUCUGGACAACUGGAACCAUAUGUCGAGUUCUGUCGCUUGAAAGUGUUUUGAUGCUAAUUACAGGAGUAUUACUGGAAAAACAAGUGGUGAUAGUAUGUCCAAACCUGGGUGUUCUGUCUGCUAUAGUGUUAUCUCUUGUUCCCAUGAUUCGUCCAUUUCAAUGGCAGAGUUUAUUUCUUCCAGUUCUUCCCGGGAGGAUGCUUGAUUUUCUUGAUGCUCCAGUUCCCUUUAUUGUUGGCAUACAACAAAAACCAGCAGACUUGAAGAUGAAAACAUCUAGUUUCAUACAUGUUAAUGUCGUCAAGGAUCAGGUCAAAGUGUGUCGCUUGCCGACACUUCCACACUAUAAAGAGCUUUUUUCUGAACUUGCACCAUAUCACGCUAAACUAUCGUCUCAAAAAUCGAUUGCUAAAAAGCAUCCUGUAUAUAGGUGCAACGAAAUUCAGGCUGACGCUGCAAUCAAAUUUUUGAAGAUCAUGAGACACUACUUGGAAUCUAUUUGUUCAGAUCUGAGGUCCCAUACAAUAACUAAUGUACAAUCAAACGACAGGGUUUGCUUACUUCUUAAAGACAGCUUCAUUGAUUCCUUUCCCAAUAAGGACCGAACAUUUAUAAAGCUAUUUGUAGACACACAAUUAUUUGCUGUUCUAUCAGAUCAUCGUAUGUCAAGCUUUGAGCAUGGAAGCCCCUAACUUAACCCUUUUACAAGUUGCACACAUCAGAUCGAAACUGCAAAAUGCAAAUUAAAGCACUAAUCAGUGCAGUAGAAGAAUAAUGGCUUCUGUCACUAACACGGCUGCAAAUUACGAUGAUCUAUUCACUUUUCGAGCCAUAGAAUAUGAAAACUGAGAAACAGCUGAGAGGUUGCAAAAAGAAAUUUUGUAACAUAGCAAUAUAGCAAUAAUCGCAGAUGCGUAACAAGUAACACGAAGGAUAUGCUUAUUGAAUUGCCUACGGUAACAAAUGGAAGUGAUCAGUAUUCCAAGUUCCAACCGUCUGAGGUGAUUUAUAGUUUUGGGCUCAUCAAAGGUUUUUCUCACUUUAAGCUCUUGUAAAUGUCAAUAGUAUAAUGAAACAUUUUCUCAGGGGCUUUUUAUUCCCAGGUUGUAUGUUUAUUAGAUUCACCUCAUAUUAUUAUUAUUAUGGGAAGAUUUUCAUGUGUCGUUUUGAGUAAGAGGUGCUAGUUACUGCUAUGUAAUUCUUGUACGAAAGGAAAGUUUCUCUGUAAGUUGGAUAUGAAUGAAAUUACGAGAUUCUUGAUUCCUUUUUCUUC